AGAGAACUAGCCCAUACCACUUGAUUAUUUAGUUACCGAAACGUGACUGAUACCACUUGUGGUACCUUAUACAGUAUGUUAACACUACUGUACACCUCAACCGUCUUGGAAAGUGUAGAGUUCAGAUUUAGCUUUUUCUUAUCAAAUAGGUAACAAAUCUUGAAUUGUUUCAGGUCGGAUAGCUGCAGGAGAAGGCAGGUUCAACUCCAACAGCGAAGUCAACAUCAACACUGAAGUGAAAAGUAUACCAGUAACGAAGAAAGGUGUAUACUUCGCUUUUAGAGACCAAGGAGCUUGUAUAUCGCUGUUAGCUAUAAAGAUCUACUACAUCGUCUGCCCCGAGGUGACUGUAAACUUCGCGCGAUUCCCUUCAACACCCACCGGUAAGGAGAUCACGAUCAUCGAACAGGCAACUGGUACCUGUGUCAGCAACGCGGAACCAGUAGAUGGAACCCCCGCAUACCUCUGCAAAGGUGAUGGCAAGUGGACUUUGCCCACUGGAGGUUGCAAAUGCAAGGCAGGCUUCCAGCCUGACAUGGAGAAGCAGACCUGCAAUGUUUGCCAACAAGGAACUUAUAAGGCUGAAACUGGAGACGGUCCCUGUCUUCCAUGCCCUCCAUUUUCCCAAGGACCAGAUUAUGGUCUGACUGAAUGUAGGUGCAACGCAGGAUAUUUCCGAGCACCCACUGACCCUAAAAAUAUGUCAUGCACACAACCCCCUUCUGCACCUGUGAAUCUAACUGUAAGUUUCGUCGACCAGUCAACAGUGAUCUUAAGUUGGUUACCACCGGAAAGCCAAGGCGGUAGGAUAGAUACCGUUUAUAGGAUAAGAUGUGACGCUUGUAGCUUAGGUCUAGUCCAAUAUAACCCUAGUACGGAAACAUUCAACGAAACCAGAGUAACAAUAAGCGGCCUAAACGCGGUAACGACUUACCGAUUUCAAAUAUUCGCUGAAAAUGGUGUGUCACACAUGGCGAUGCGGCCCGCAGAGUUCGCGGACAUUGUGGUUACCACCGAAGCAUCUGUAGCCAGCAGUAUUACCAAUAUUAGAGUAACUUCGGUAAAGAGUACUGAAAUUAGCAUAGCUUGGGACGCGCCGAAUGAUGACGAGGAUUUAGUGGAAACUUAUGAGGUGCGAUGGUUCAAGAGAAACGACAUAGACUACAGUAAUAAUAGCUUGCUGACAUCGGAUUUAUCAGCUACUAUAACUGGCCUGCAACAGAGAACCGAGUAUGGUGUACAAGUUAGAGCUAAAACUCAAAGAGGAUGGGGUGCUUAUUCUCCCGUUAUAUUCAAAACUACGGGACAAGUUUUAAAUACAGCUUACAUUGGAGAUGAAGAAGGCCUAAGACUACAAUUAGUUGCUGGUGGAAUAGUAGCAGUAGUAGUUAUCCUAGUAGCUGUUAUAGUUUUAACUGUAGUAUUCUUACGAUCAAGGUCUAAUGAUGAAUGUAACAAGAAGCAACCUAGUGAUUGUGAUACGCUAGAAUACAGGAACGGAGAAGUUCAUCAUAGCUUGGAUAAUCCUCCUAUAGUUGCAACCCAUACAAAUGUGACUACGCCACUGUUUACUGGGAUCAGUGCUUCCAGAACUUAUAUUGAUCCGCAUACAUACGAAGAUCCCAAUCAAGCAGUACGGGAAUUUGCUCGAGAAAUAGAUGCAAGCUGUAUUACCAUUGAGGCCAUUAUAGGCGGUGGUGAAUUUGGGGAUGUAUGCAGAGGAAAAUUAAAAAUGAACGGAGUUGAUAUCGACGUUGCUAUCAAGACCCUGAAAGCAGGCUCACUGGAGAAAUCUAGGAACGAUUUUCUCACAGAGGCCUCCAUCAUGGGUCAAUUUGAGCACCCGAACGUCAUUUUCUUGCAAGGAGUCGUCACAAAGUCAAAUCCAGUGAUGAUUAUUACUGAAUACAUGGAAAAUGGAUCUCUCGACACAUUCUUAAGGGCGAAUGAUGGCAAAUUCCAAGUGAUUCAACUGACAGGAAUGCUGCGGGGUAUCGCUUCUGGCAUGCAGUACUUAAGUGAAAUGAACUACGUACACAGAGACUUGGCAGCAAGAAACGUGCUGGUGAACUCACAGUUGGUCUGCAAAAUUGCAGAUUUUGGUCUCAGUCGAGAGAUCGAAAGCGCCACGGAAGGCGCUUACACGACACGGGGUGGGAAGAUCCCUGUGCGAUGGACGGCACCGGAGGCGAUAGCCUUCCGCAAAUUCACGUCUGCCAGUGACGUAUGGUCGAUGGGCAUCGUUUGCUGGGAGGUCAUGUCCUAUGGCGAACGGCCCUAUUGGAACUGGUCUAACCAGGAUGUUAUUAAGAGCAUAGAGAAAGGUUAUAGGUUGCCAGCACCAAUGGAUUGUCCAGAAGCCAUAUACCAGUUAAUGUUAGAUUGUUGGCAGAAAGAAAGGACGCAUAGGCCAACUUUCCAAUCAAUUGUAAAAACCCUAGAUAAAUUAAUACGAGUCCCCGAUACGUUACGAAAAAUUGCUCAGAAUCGCCGCCUACUGCCAUCACACAUUCUCCCUAGGCCCACACAACCCACCGUUUCGCCCCCUCACUUACCACCAAACCACCCAUUAUCAGAACCAUCCAUGGCUCAUCUACACCAGAACCCAUACUUUGGUUCGCUCCAGCGGCGUUUGAAUUACGCGCCAAAUAUCAUAGAUGCGCACCCUUACUACGGCCUCCCUGAUGUGCUGUUACAAAACUACGCGGUCGUGUCUGAUGAGGCAUUUGAAGAAGCCGAGUACCGGAAGCAGUUAGAGAAUGAAUACAGGAACUCUUUAAUUGAACAUGAAAUGAAAAAACGGUUCAGCAGCCUGUUGAAUCUUAGGGAGGAAAACAUAUGCAACGGUCUAGAAGACCCUUCGCGCUUGAAAGAACUCAACCUAAUGCCUGGGAGCAACUGGAUGCCAAACUUUGAGUCGCCUUUAGAGCAAAUCUACCAAAGAAGACAAGGCAACUACGGUUCUCCUUACUAUCCGAAUCUGGACCCGCAAUUUCUAGAACUGCAAAAUAGACCACAAGAAACUUUAAGAAAUUCGUUCUUCAACGAACAAGAUGAAUACGACCAGGAAACAGAAAACUUCUUCGGUAAACGUCCGAAUAUCUUUGAAAAUACAACAAAAUCAAGUCAAGAUAUUGACAAAAGACAAAACAAGGAUCAAUCUAAAAGUAAAAGCAGUAAUUUGCUAGAACUGGGCGAGGAACAGUUCUCUGAUGAUUUCAAAGAUGGGUCUGAUAGAGUGGAAGGUUCUGAUAAUUUAUUUGGUGGUCAGGAUGCAAGGGGUGAAAGUAGGAGCACAGUAGAGGAUAGAAAUGCACAAACUCGGGGAGCUUGGGUCAAUUUUAAUAAUCUGUAAAUAUGCUUUGAGCUGUGGUUUUUGUUUGCAAGAACGAACAACCCCCUGUCAGCCGACGCGCCCGAUCUCACAAACUUCUCAUGCGUCGAGGAGUGGCUGAACUCCAUAAAGAUGGCGCGGUAUCUUGAGAACUUCCACGCUGGCGGCAUAACCACAAUGGACGCCGUCAUCAACUUGACAGUUAAGGAGUUGACAGAGCUGGGCAUCACGCUAGUCGGUCAUCAGAAGAAGAUCAUGAACAGCGUACAGAGCAUGCGAGCGCAGAUACGAGUUAAUGGAUCGGAAGGAUUCCUUGUAUAAAGCAGAGGCGCUUAGUGAGAAUGAACUUUUGAGAAUUCGAUAGUUGAUCGACGCACAGUUGGAUAAAUAGCUCGUUUUUUUUAGAGAAGCCGUACCCGAAAUUCUUCGAACGCAUUUACAGCUUGACAAAAUCAGCUUGGUCUGUGAAGAACAGACAGAUGACGAUCACUGAAUAGGGCCGAUUAGAGGCAAGAGGAAUUUUUGCUAUAUAUUGUGAAUGUGCUUAAGUCCUCCAAAGAUUUAUGAAGAGCGGGGGUGCUCAGGGGGAGAGACAAUCUUCAAGCUCCAAAAACAAAAAAUGUUCACCUGCAAGGGAAGCAGAGGGACUCUGGCCCCCUGAAUCUGGUUUCACCUUAAAAUUUGCAGAUUUAGCAUGAUUUUAUGUACCCCUGAGAAAACGUUCUACCCCUAAGCUCUGCGAAGUGUUUGGGGCAGUUACACUUUAACAAAAAGUUAUCUCUCAUCGCCAAUGCGCAAAAAAGCAGUCCUGGAUUAAAAUAAAGUUGACGAUAUUGAGUCAAAUAUUAACUAGUAAAAUGCGAAAAUGUUAACGAUAUAUAAAGCGGCGAAGUUAAAUUUUCAAAAUCGAUUUUUCUUUAUUAUUACUUCUGAUCGUGAUAUCGACAUGAAUAUUGAAAAUCUAUUUUCCAACAUAGUUUAGUUGUAGCCUAUAAACCUCACAAUGUCAUGCCACAUUUUUGGCCAACACAGUUUCUAUUUUCAAAAUGCUGAAUCAUUUUACCCCUUAGUCAACUGGCUUGGAAUGGCGGUACCUCCAAGAGUAAUGGCGUUGUGGAAUACCAUAUCAGCCUUAUUUUUUAUCGAUUCUUAGCGAAAUUGUUCACAACCAGCCAUUUGAAUGUGCGAUAGAAUGUUCAAAUGCACACAGGUCGAAAUCGGCUCGAUUCAUCAAAAUAAAUGUUUAGUUUCCAUUUCACUUGAAAAUCAUCGCUCUAUUAUAAUAAUUAUAAAAAUAAAAAAAUCAUGAAAUGGUCAGAAAAAGAAAAGAAAAAGAAACAGCUAUUUAGAUACUUUAUUGAAAUAUCUUAUUGCUCACAAAAAAAGUUUGAGCUAUAGACAAAUACCGAUGUCGAGAAAUGACCUCCGAUGCCUUGAAUCUUAUGAGAGAGAGAGUAUUUAGGCUUUUAUUUGAUUUAAUAUCAUUUCCACGACCUCAAUCCAGGAUUUCUUUUGGUGCAUUUAUUUUGAAUCACCCUGUCAACGGCUGUAAUUCUAGUCUGGGAUUGAAAAAGAUACUGUAAGUGCAAUUUGGAACUCAUGACAUAUUUAAAAAAAUGAGCUGUUGAUUUCUACUGUGCGGUGGUUGUCGGUUAGCGCAUCCUGGCGAUUUGCUGCCAAAUGAUGGAAAUAAGUCUAGACUGAUAAAAAUCGAAAUAUCCCUGAAUUACAUACGUAAGAAAAGGCAUUUUAUGUAAUUUCAACAAUGAGCGAAGAUCGACACGAGAUUCAUAGUUUGGAUACACUACUAAAAUGCACCUAUUUUAAAAUGGUUUUACCUCUUUUGCCACAUCAUUCAGACCUUUUCCUAAAUACAACGUCCAGGAAGCGCUGAUCUGCAAUCGCUAGAAAAGAUUACGCUAGGUGACUAUUUUGUGAUGAAAGACUUUUAUGACAGUGACGUUAUAGUGUAUUUAACUCGCGGCAGCUUUGCUUUAUUUAUUUUAUCCCAAACAAAUCAAAAUAUAAACUUGAAUAUGGACUUAUAUACGUUUUUGAGAUUUUUAUUGUGAUUUAUCGAAUAGUACCUAGUAUUUUAACAUAACCAUAGCAGGUUGACAAUACAGUUGUAUGAGAUAUCUCUAUGUUAUUAUAAUUAUUCCCAAAGUAGUUGUGGUACGUCGGCAUUCAGACUUUGCUCCAAUAACAAAAAAUAAUCAUUGUCUGCAAUAGAGGUUCAAGUCAGAAUGAAAAAUCGAAUCUCUUCAGUAUAAUAUGAAGCGUAUCAACAAAUAAAUAUACCCGUCCAUAACAAUAAAUCACACAGAAGUGAAGAAUAUUGUAAUUUUCAAAUCAAUAUUUGACAUGAUACUACUUCCAAGAAUUCUUGUGUAAAACAAUGAUCGUUUUUAUUUCAUUCAACUGUGUUGUUGUUCUAUCGAAUAUAUUGCCAGUUACUUCAACUAGUUUUUUUUAAAAAAGAAUAGUAGAAAUGAUCGGCAUUGUAAAAUUAGAAAAACCUGCUACCUUCUUUACUUUUUCCACGUAAAUUUUCUAUGUUGACAUUUUUUAUUUAUUGCCAUAUAUUGUACCUUAAAAAAUUGUGGAGUAUGAUUUUUUUUUUUGAUGAGGUAAAACUUUUUAAGUUCCAUGUGGACAAAACUGAAAGGAGAGAACACCAAUACAAAUUUGCUUAUAGCCAAAUAUAAUCAAAACAAUGUUAUUUUUUCACAUAUCACGUUAAUACUAUAUGAAAUAUUUAUUCAAUUUUCUUGUUUCUGGGAAUGCAGAGUACAAUUAUUUGUUUUUCUAUUGAAUAUGUGAAAAUUAGCUAGAGUCAGUGUAAGAUUUGUCCGUAGAUUAAAAAUAUAUAAAGACUGUUUGUCUAAAUAAUUCUAAAUAUACAUAAAGAAAUAUAGCAAUAACUUGAUAUCUCAAUGCUGAUUCUGUUAACAAGAUUUUACAAAAUUUUACUGACAAAAGUACAAUAUGAAAACUAGUAACCAUUUUGACUGUUUGAUUACUUGAACAUAAAUAUAUAAAAUAUGCCUUUUGCUUGUCAUUGGUAAAUUAUUUCAGUCGAAAUGUCUACUGAUUUUUAUAAUAGUACAAAAUACAAUCAUAUUUGGUGUGAUAUUUCGUUUGUAAAAAAAUCCGUAUGUAUUGGGCGUUUUCAAAUUCAUUAAUAAAUUUGAUGUCUAACUUAACUUUUAUAAAAAAUGGAAAUAUCAGUCAGAAUAUUUGUAUGUAACUGUAACUGUACUUAGUUUUUUAUACUGCUCAAAACAAUAUAUACAUACGCCUAAUUGUAUCCAAAAAAUUAUGUUACAUAUAUUUUAGGUAACAUAUAAUUGACUGAGAACAUAUUCUGUAUAAACGAUCAUACAGUAUUUCAAAAAAUUUCAUCAAUUCAAAAUACCCUUUUCUCGACCUCCGAGUUGUGGUGAUUUGCGUUUCCAAAAAUCUAGAAAAUAUGGCAUAACUGAUAGUAAUAGUUAUAAUAUACCAGACUUUUUUGAAAUACUGUAUAUAUUUUUCUUUUCACAGACAUUCCAGUAACACUUGUAUAUUGUUUGAUACUUUUGUAAACACAAGGUUUGGUUCUAAUUUGUCUGUACUGAUUAUUGAAAUAUUUAUAUUUCAAUUAAAAUCCCCAUUUUCUAUUUAUGACAUAUUUGCAUUCAAGAAUGUGAAAGGUCCAUGAAAAUAAAAUUCGAUGCAUCCAAAAAUAUGUUACAAAAAAAUGCUAUUUUUUUAAAGGUUUUGAGUUUUGAACUGCAAAUAGCCGCAAACCACUGAAAUCCCUUUGUAAUUUAGGUAGAUUUAGAUAAAUUUGAUGUAAAAAUUUCCAGUACUGCAAAUUAGAUACCAAAAUUUUAUUAAAAAUUGUAUAUCUACUAAUUUUAUUUGGCAUUGACUAAGCCUUGAUGCGCGCGUAUGUGAUGUGUGAUUGCACCAAGUUGAAAAACAUUUUCUUUAUUUGUUUUAGAAUUUAAGCUAAAAUGAUUCUGAAAAGUAUGUGAUUUAUUUUGUGUACCUAUAUUCUAUUUUGACUGAUCUUGCUGUAUGAACAGCGUUUAUGUAUAUUAUUUUCCAUUAUGAAGAGGUUUUAUUAAAAUUGUACAUUGUGUUACAGAAAAGAUUCAUCUACUUUCUAAAACAUGAAAGCAAAUGUUCUGUUGUACAAUGUACGUGAAAGUGUUUUUCAAUUUUUGAUUCUGUAAAAUGUGUAGUAUUCAAAACCACAGAUGUUUUGAAUACUGCAUAAUUGUACUAUUUUUUCUGUAAUGCUCUGAGUAAGUCAGUGUAAAAUUGUAAUAUAAUUGUAAAAUAUAAGAUAUUCAAUAAAAAACAAUAUUAAAUAUAAUAGCUAAAUA